UAUUGAUUAUCAAGGCAGUAGCGUUAAAAAUUAACUCAUUACAUACGAAAACCUUAUUAUGUUAUAUUUUAGUUUUGUUAUGUUAUUUAAUUAAUAAAGUUGAGAAAAAAUAAUUCAAACUAUUUUAAUGCGUUUAAAAACCCGCCCGCCUCGAUUCCUCGAUCCAACGAACCCUGGAGGAGGAGCUUGUAGGAUUUUCAAACAACAUAACAACCAAUGGCAGUUUAAACGGAUCUGAUGCAAGAAGCAAGCGCAGAUCCAAGGGUGUCAGAGCCGACUCCAGAAGGCCUCAACAGAAGCCACCUAAACAUUGGGGUUCUAGAGGAGUUUGCCCAAAAUAUGACCGAGAACAUAAUCCAGUCCUUUACAAGCCAAAUGGAAAUGGUGGCGCCUGAGGUGGACUGCCAGGCGUCCAGAUUUGAUCAGAACCAGGAGACGUUCGCGGAAGAGUUAGCCUUAGCAGUGAUGGACGCUGCUCUGAGGGAAGUUUGUGGAGGUCACAACGUUGAGAAUCACGACGGUUCCAAGAGUACAAAGUCAGCUUUUAUAAAUGAAUCUGACAGUGAAAGAUCCACAGAUAUGGAUCCAGGCAAAGAAAUCCAGAUGUCCAAAGAAACCCAGCCCUUUUACCCUACGCUGUCCCAGUCAGGGCUCCUCAUCAUGGGAUCCCUUGACUACCCCGACGCCCCUCCAACCACGCCUCUCCUCCCUCAGCUUGAGAGGAGCAGACACAGUUUCGCAAGGAAGCUAAAAGGAGGCUUGGCGAAGGUUUUCUUGCCGUCACCUCCUCCGCCAACCCCAAAGGACAAAGAGGAGGACAGGGACAGAGCUGCCAAUGACUCCCAGGUGGAGUUAAUGGAGCAUCUGAUGCACUCAUUGUCCACAGAUGAUUUGGCCAAAGACUCUUUUGAAGUAGGACCGCACCAUGGAGCCAAGCUGGAGGCGUUUGCGGAGGCUCUUUCAUGUGACAUUAUUGGCUGGGUCUUGAGUGAUAAAAACAGAGAGCAGAUAGCCGAUAGCGAUCUUCAUCUACUCGCCCACCAACUGGCUGAAACCAUCAUCUCCUCCUUCCUUGAUGAAGCUAAAAUGCUUGUCUAGUAUUGGUAUCUUAAAUGUGGUUAAUGAGAUCAUAUUUGUGAUUACUGGUGUGUAGACACAAACACACACACACACACACACACACACACACACACACACGCGUUACCUCCAGGGUGACUACCACUGCAUUUUUAUUAAAGGAACAUACCAAUGUAUUGGGACUUUAGCUUAUUCACCGUAGCCCCCAGAGACUAGUUGAUAAACACCAUUGUCAUCUCUGUGCGUGCUGUAACUAGCCUAGCAAAGUUCCCGCAGGUAACUGGUUCCAACUAGCUACUGCUCCAAAUAAGUGACAAAAUACCGCCACCAUAGCACUGGCAAGAAAACUAAUGGUUUUGAAAGAGAGAUUUCACUGCAAUAAACAUAAAUGUCCUGUAGAUGGCAUCACAAGAGCAAUGCUCCUGAGUGUCUUCAGCAUGAGCAUGAGGUCAGUGAGGUCAAAUGUGUGCCUGCUCUACCAACUGAGCUAACCGGACAAUCGAUUUUGUUUUGAAAUGAUGAAAGAAUAAAGACUUUGUUUUGAAUAUUACAAAUGUAAUU